AUAAAAAUGUUAAAUGCUUUUUCAUGGCUGAUACCUGGAAGCGGAACGUUUGGUUGCAUUCGUGUUUUUGUUUUCCUUUCUAUCCUCUACGUUAGCAUAAAUUCGCCGCAAUGGCGGAGGGAGUACCUGCUGGUCUUAUUGAAGCCGACGUAAACACAACUGGAAACCAAACACAAAUCGCCAUGGCGUAUCUGCAGGACGAGAAAACUGACGGAGACAUCACUAACCUUAACUUGGGAGAACUGGACCUGACCACUGAUGAGUUCAUCUUGGACGAAGUGGACACUCAUAUUCAGGCAAACUUGGAAGAUGAUCUUGUGAAAGAAGCUCUUAAAACGGGCGUUGACCUACGUCAGUACUCUAAGCAGGUGGAGGCGGAGCUGCAGAGGAUAGAACAGGCCUCCAUCAAAGAUUACAUUAAGGAAAGUCAAAACAUUGCUCUUCUGCACAACCAGAUCACUGCGUGUGACUCCAUACUGGAGCGAAUGGAGGGUAUGCUGAGUGGCUUUCAGAGUGACCUUUCCUCCAUCAGCAGUGAGAUCCAGACGCUGCAACAGCAGUCAGUCAGUAUGAAUGUCCGAUUGAAGAACAGGCAGGCCGUGCGCAGCCACCUCAGCCAGCUGGUGGACGAGCUGGUGGUGCCUGGAGUCAUGAUCUCMACCAUCCUGGAAAGUCCAGUGACGGAGCAGGAGUUUCUCGAGCAGCUCCAUGAGCUCAACACAAAGAUCAACUUUGCCAAAGAGCUGAGCUUCAGAGAAACGCUGGCCUGUUCCGACAUCCAGGACAUUGUUGAUCGCCUCAAACUCAAGGCGGUCUCAAAGAUCAGAGAGUUUAUUCUUCAGAAGAUCUAUUCCUUCAGGAAACCAAUGACAAACUAUCAGAUCCCACAGAAUACUCUGCUGAAAUACAGAUUUUUCUAUCAAUUUCUUUUGGCUAAUGAAAGAACCGUUGCCAAGGAGAUCAGGGACGAGUAUGUGGACACUAUGAGCAAGAUUUACUACAGUUACUUCAAGUCCUACAGUGGCCGGCUCCUGAAAGUGCAGUAUGAGGAGGUAGCAGACAAAGAUGACCUAAUGGGAGUGGAAGAUACGGCUAAGAAAGGUUUUUUCUCCAAACCGUCUUUAAAGAGCAGGAACACCAUUUUCACUUUGGGCCAGAGGGGGGCAAUACUGAGUCCAGCAGAGCUGGAGGGUCCCAUCCUGGUUCCACAUACAGCUCAGAGAGGGGACAGCAGGUAUCCGUAUGAGACGUUGUUCCGCAGUCAGCACUAUGCCCUGCUGGACAACGGCUGCAGAGAAUACCUCUUCCUGUGUGACUUCUUCAUGGUGACCGGAAACUCGGCCCUUGACCUUUUCAACUGCAUCAUGGGGAAAACUCUCAGCAUGUUCCUGAAGAGUAUGUCCACCUACGUGUCAGACUGCUAYGACAGCAUCGCUAUCUUUCUCUGCAUCCAUAUCAUCCUCCGAUUCAGAGCCAUCACAGCCAAGAGGACYAUCCCUGCUCUUGACAAGUACUGGGACGCCGUGUUGGAGCUGCUGUGGCCGAGGUUUGAACUCAUUCUGGAGAUGAACAUCCAGAGCAUCAGAAACACGGACCCUCAGAAACUGGGAGUGCUGGACACCAGACCACACUACAUCACUCGGCGGUAUGCAGAGUUCUCCUCCGCCAUCGUGAGCAUCAAUCAAACAUUUCCUAAUGAGAGGAUAUUCCUCUGUUUUUYCUCCAUCCUCGCCUCGCAGGAGUUUAUCGAGGAGAUUCUGUCUCCUCCCUUUGGGGGGAUGAUUGCCUUCGUGAAGGAGGCUGAGGCACUGAUGGAGAAAGGGCAGCUAGAUCGACUGAAGAAUGAAGAAGCUCGGAUCACUCAGCUGGUCCGAGGGUUUUCCAGCACGUGGAARCAGUCGGUGGAGUCGAUGAGUCAAGACGUCAUGAGGUCCUUCACYAACUUUAAAAAUGGAACCAGCAUUAUACAGGGCGCUCUGACUCAACUUAUCCAAUACUACCACGGCUUUCAUAAGGUACUGAACCAGCCGACCUUCCGCAGCCUGGCCGUCCGCUCAGAGCUCAUCAACCUCCACCAUCUCAUGGUCGAGGUGAAGAAGCACAAACCCAACUUUUAACGAGUGGGAGGGUCGCUAAAACGCUGAGCUGCAACCUGGAAAUGAUGGCCCCUCUGAGCUCACUUCRUCAUUCCUCUUUCAGACUCACUGAAGUCUGGCAGCCCUCAGUCUUUCUUUUUUUUUUUACACAUGUGAAACAAGUUGCAACACAGAUUCCAGAGGAGGAGGUUUYAUCUCCACAUCUGACUGUUCAUCAUUGAACUUUUGCACAUAUUCCUCUGAAGAAGCUGCAAAACACACAUUUUGUACCUGUGAACCUGGAAAAUUAAAAACUUUCAUUUAAACAUAACCAAAAUGUCCCCCGAUUGAGUAUGCAACUUUGGUGGAGACGUUGCUGAAAUUAACGGAAACUACCAAUAUUUUGAUCAUUCAGCCAUUUGCUAAAUCUGUGCAUUUAAAUUAUCUUCCAAAUUUAGAUUAAAGAGGAAUUAAUUUGCAAUUAUGAAACACUGGAAGGACUUUACUGUGUCAGCAAAUGGACGUUUGUGUGACUGAAAUUAGGGAUUCAGUUAUUUUGUGGAUGUAUAUGAAGGAAGAUGUAUGAUUUUCUCUAGAAAAAGCCCCCAGUCUUGCUCUCCUAACAUGGAAGAAACACUUGCAUUUAUUUGUGAUUUAUAACACUGCACUAAGUGGAGAAAAGCCCCUUCUGACCCUUAAGGAAGGUGCUUUUUUUCAUGUCAGCAAAUCCUAUUGUUAUAGGAUUGAAUGUAAAGGUCAAGGAGCAUCUCUUAUCUUUGUUUAGACCUUUGGAUUUUACCCCCUAAAAGCAUUAAUCUUUGGAAAAACCCAACUGCUUUUAUCAAUCUGCUCCCAUUCCUUACUUUUCAACAACAUAUUUAAUAUCUUGAUGAAUUAUAGACAGAAACUGUUCAGAUCUCAUGUGAUUUAACCAUGUCAUAUUUUCUGAAGAUCUGACAUUCCAACCUUUUUUAAUGAACAUGAUUCUGAUUCCUCCUUAAGCCAGUCAUCUAUUGUGAAUUUGUGUAGAUUAGGGACCCUGACCAAACCAAAAUAUCUUAAAUUCAAAAUAAUGUAUUAUCAAACCACAUAUUCCUAUGACUAUGAGCCGAUCUUUUUUUUUUUUUUUUUUUUGGUCAAAGUGUUAAUGAAACAUCUGAAAAGCAGGUGAAAUUGACUUGAUUUAAAAAGAUAACAGGUUGGAAGAAACAGCAAAAAUAUACAAAAAGGCAAAUGGAGAAAGACUACCAGUAACCAUUUACUAAACCUCAUUUGUUCACAAAGAGCAAGGCGAUAACUUGGAGGAUGUAUUGUGUUUCAGUGUGAAGGAAGUCCUGGAAAAAAAGAUKAUUCAAGUUUCAGCAUGUCUUUGUUUCUUUGUCCUUUGUGUCGAAUCUUUUCCUGUGAAUGUGUGUAUUAAGCCAUUCCCAUGUAAUCUAACUGAAUGGAGUUAAAAAUGAAUAAAGAACAAAGAAGUUUUUUUUUUAA